AUGAUUGCCCAAACCGGAUUGUAUCCUCCUCAUCCGGCUACAACAAGAGCAAACUCAACUUUUAUUUCAUACGAUGCGGUGAACGAUAGAAUUGCUUAUGCCUCUGGAAAAUCCAUCAUCAUUCUCCCGUUAGACAGAGAUUCCGAAUUGAAGCCUGUUCAAUUCACCAAGCAUACAUUUCCUACUACAGUGGCCACCUUCUCUCCAUCCGGAAAUUACGUCGCUUCCGGUGAUGAAUCGGGCCAAGUGAAGAUAUGGGACUCCUCUGUUUUCGGCAAGGACGGAAAUUUCGAGCAGCCGGCCGUCAAGAGCGAGUUCCAAAUCUUGAGUGGUCCAAUUAAAUCCAUUGCUUGGGAUGCAGACAAUAGCAGGGUUAUUGCGGUAGGCCAGGGCAAAGACAAGUUUGGCCAUUGCUUUACUUUCGACUCUGGAAACUCCAUUGGUGAGAUCCAGGGCCACUCUGAAACCAUCAACUGCGUUGAUAUCAAACCCCAGAGGCCAUACAGGGCCGCCACAGUUGGAGAUGACAAGGCGCUCGUUUUUUUUACUGGGCCUCCAUUUAAAUUCGAUAAAAGUGUAAGAGGAAACCACACCAACACAAUCCGAGCAGUGAAGUUUUCUCCUGACGGGAAAUGGUUAGUCAGUGUUGGCUCGGAUAGAGCGAUCAUAGUUUAUGACGGAAAAACUGGUGACUUUAUCAAGAAAAUCGAAAAUGGCCAUGAGGGAGGCAUUUUCGGUGUUUCUUGGUUGCCUGACUCCUCGGGUUUUGUUACCUGUUCUGCUGAUAACACAUGCAAAUUGUGGGAUGCAGAAACACAAAAGGAAAAACACACAUAUGUUGUGGCAUCCCCGGCUUCUGUGGAAAACCAACAGGUUGGUGUAACAGUUACUAAGAAUCACAUUCUCACCCUUUCUUUGAAUGGAAACUUGAACUUCUUUGCAAACGAUGGCAAGUCGCCGGAAAAGAUUGUUUAUGGCCACCAGCGUGCAUUGACCGCAGCUGCACUUACCGGAGAAUCAUUGGUAACAGGAGGAUCGGACGGGUCGCUCCAACAAUGGAAAGUGGCCGAAUCAAAAUUGGACCCAACAAGUAAGCCUUUUGACGAGGGCCACAGCAAUUACAUUUCGAGCAUUUCGGUGGGCGACAAGAUUUACUCAGCUGGUUGGGAUGAUAAGCUCAAGCUGUGGAAAGAUGGUCAUGUCGAGAAUAGUACAGAGUUGCACGGCCAGCCUAAGCAAGUUGUGACGGUACCAGACGGAGUAGUUGUUUUAUUCGAGAACCAAAUUGCUGCCUACGACUCUUUUUUGAAAUUUUUGACCUCCUUUGACUUAAGUUUCCCUUCUUCGUGUAUAUCUGCCAUUCCUGGCACGUCGAAGAUUCUUGUUAAUAAUGAAACCACGAAAACAGUGGAGGAAUUUGACACGAAACCAACCAUUCAGCACACGGGAUCGUAUCCAGCCUUAAGAGCCACUCCAACCCUUAUCAAGGUUUCGCCAGAUGGCCAGUAUGCUGCUGUGGCCGAAAACACUGGAAAGUACACUUUGUACAAGACAUCUGACAAGAGCACUGUGACUACAAGAUGGGCAUUUCACAACAGCAAAGUGAACGACGCUCUGUGGACGCCCGAUUCGAAGUUUAUUGUUAGUGGAGGUUUGGACUGUGGACUUUUUGUGUACUCGGUGGAAAGGCCAUCUAAGGUUUUGAAAUUUCCUUUAGCGCACCAGACUGGUGUAUCAAGCUUGGUAUGGGUUGAGCUACGGAGAUAA